GUAGAUUGUCCUCUGAUUCGCCGGUACUCCGUUUCGUGCAAAGCUGUAGAGAGUAAGACUCGUAUUUCCCUAUAUAACGGCUCUUUGCGCUAUAUCUGGCUCUUAGCAGGCACCGUUCUCCGACUCCUUGGCUUGCAUUUUCCUGUGCCAGGCCCAAGUAGAUUCUAGAGGGAUCAGGUUCUUUCCUUGUCUCCCUGUUACCAAUAUGGCGACCGUUGGUCCUGCCCUUCCCCCGAAAACUUUCGUCUUGUGUUUUGAUGGCACAGGAAAUAAGUUCUCGGGCGAUGAGUCUGACAGUAAUGUGCUUAAAAUCUUCCGCAUGUUGGACCGCAAUCGGGGUAAUCAGUACCAUUAUUAUCAGCCUGGAAUCGGUACAUAUGUAACAACCACGUCCCUUUCCAACCAUGGAACCUUCCAUCGCAUCAAAUCAGCGUAUAUGAAGGCGAAGGAUUCAGCAAUUGGGUCGUCAUUCGAUGAUCAUGUCAUGGGUGGAUAUAAAUUUCUGAUGCGGUAUUAUACGCCCGGGGAUGACAUCUAUUUUUUUGGCUUCAGUCGAGGUGCCUAUAUUGCCCGCUUUCUUGCGGAAAUGCUUGACUAUAUUGGUCUCCUGGAGUCUGGGAACGAGGAAUUGAUCCGGUUUGCAUGGAAGACAUUUGCCAAAUGGCAACAGAGGGCUGGAGACACCGAAGAGGAUCGUAAAGAGAAAAAGAAGUUGUUCAAUUACAUGAAAGCCUUCCGCGAGACGUUCAGUCGGCCUGUCAGUCGCAUCAGAUUCAUGGGUUUAUUCGACACGGUAAACAGUGUUCCACGAUUUGAGUCUGCUUGGAUGCAACGCAGCAAGUUUCCAUACACGGCUCGAAGUUCCGCAAGAGUCAUUCGUCACGCCGUUGGAAUCGACGAGCGCCGUGCGAAAUUCCGCCAGGAUCUGAUCUCAGAAGCUAGACCUUGGAAGGAAUCUAAUCACCAUAGGCAUUACUGGAGGAACAAACUCCACACGGAUGGUACAAAGCACCAGGAAAAGCCAGAGGUUGUUCCCACGAUCGUGCUCAAUGACAAUGACAAUCAAGAGACCGCAGCCAGGACACAGGGAAAGCAGCGGGGUCACGAUGACAGCGAUUCAGUAUAUCGCACUCCGCAUAGCUCCCGACCUGGCAGUCUGCACAACGAACAGAGAUACCGACCUCCAUCUCCGAAUAGGAACGCUGGCCUUGAAGUCCCAAUCCAGGCAGCCUCGACGGAGGACCUGGCUUCCAUUCGCAGCGGCGUCUCUGGGACCUCACUCCAGGUUCCCGGUUUCUCCUUUGAUGCUAACGAAGAUGAGACUGCUCAAGAUAUCGUGGAAGUAUGGUUCCCUGGUGGCCAUGCCGAUAUUGGAGGUGGUUGGAAGCUGGCAGAAGGCGAGGUCUGGCCACUUAGCCACGCUCCUCUCGUUUGGAUGGUGCAAGAGGCGCAAAGAACGGGACUCUCCUUUGAUCCUAAGAAACUCAAACAGUUCGAGUGUUGCGAGGAGUACUCGGGGGACUUCUCCCCUAUCAGCAGCCGAAGCGUCAGCCCUGACCUGACGGCAGAAAAUAGCGAGAAGAGGACUGAGAGUUAUCAGGCGCGGUAUGGUGGCAGUCGCAAAAUGGAUCAGUCCAUCUUAAGUUAUAACUUCCACGAGGCACUGCGCCUUUCCAGCACCAAGGGUCUGCUUCACGACUGUCUCCAGUUCGGAGCCGGCUUGCCCUUCUCCUCUGUUCUCUCGUGGCGCAUAAUGGAAUAUCUUCCAUUUCGACGUAUGGAUCUUCAACCGGAUGGGUCGUGGAAACCAAUUCGAUGGCCUCUUCCGUGUGGAGAAGUGCGUGAUAUCCCAUCAGAUGCACAGAUCCAUGUAUCUGUUAUCCGUCGCCUGCAAGCAGAUCCUACUUACCGCCCUGGCAAUCUCAUCGUGGGUGGAGGUGGUCGGGGUGUCAGAAAGGCCCCAGAAGAGUAUGGUAUAGGUGAAUGGGUUAUAUUCCAGAAUGAGGGAGACCCGGUCAGGGAGACCUACAUCCGGAAGAGUCAUUCUAAAAGGUGCAGGGAUGACCACUUGAGUAGAUGUCUCGAGAUUGGUCAUUGAUUGAGACCUUCGUGAUUGUCUAGCCCAUGGAAGUCCGGCUCUAGCAGAUAGGGGGCGCAAUGAUAUCUUUUCUUUCUUGUGGUUACUGGAGUGAUGAAUUUGUUAUAUCCAUGUUCCUUCGCGAUUUGACAAUCAGGCACUUUUUUUCAUAACGAGGACGAACCUAUUUGGCAUGAUGAAUCUGUGAGCAAUUUGGAUAUGCUUAGUGGCUCUUGUAACUAAAUAAUCUUAGGACCUACC